AUGGAGAGAGAGGAUGAUGAAGACGAUGAAAUUUACGAUCAAGAUGAUGAAGGCAACGAUGAAAAAGAUGAUGAAAUUGAUGAAAAGGACGAUGAAGAAGAUAAUGAAAUUGACGAUGGAAAUGAUGAAGAAGAUGAUAAAAUUGGCGAUAAAGAUAACGAAAUUGACGAUGAAUAUAUGAUAAAGAGGAUGAUUAAGAAGAUUACGAAAUUGAUGAAGAAGAUGGUGAAAAAGAUGAUGAAAUUUGAGAUGAAAAUGAUAACGAAGAUGAUGAAAUUAGCGAUGAAAAUAGUGAAGAGGAUGAUGAAGAAUAACGAUAAAGAUUUUGAUGAAGAUAAUGAAGACGAUGAUGAAAUUGACGAUGAAGACGAUGAUGAAAAUUAUAAAAUUAAUGAAGAGGAUAACGAAAAAGAUGAUGUAAAGAUAGCAAGACGAUGA